UGGAAUUUUGGAUGAAAAGCGUGCCCAAAUUAAACUGCCUGCUACUCGGGCCCAUAAGCUAGGAUAUGCAUAUAAUUAGUCGAUUUGGAUAGAAAACACUGUUAAAAUAAUGUCUGAGUAUAACAUAACUGAUAUGGCAGGCGAAAACCCGAGGAAAAUCCAACCAGGAAGUACUGUACUUUUGAAAGGCUGUUUUUCCAUUGAAUGCCUAUCCACCAUACAAAGACCCAGUGGAAAUCUGUCUUCCUCAACAUGUGACCAGUCUUUAGGCAUUGUUUCAGAUCUCUAUGGCUUCCUCAACACGUGACCAGUCUUUAGGCAUUGUUUCAGGCUUUUACUCUGAAAAAUGAGGGAGAUACACCGCUUUCAAUGAGAGGACAGUGGGAAUUUCCAUCCAUGAGCCAGGCACGUGAUCGGGAGCGCACAUUUCUUGUUUACCUUUUUCCAUUGACGAAGCUUUUGUCCGGUUGAAAUAUUAUUGAUUAUUUAUGACAAAAGCAACCUGAAGAUUGAUUUUAAACAUCGUUUGACAUAUUUCUACUAUCUUUUAUUGUGUUUUUUGACUUUUCGAGAGUGCUUUUUGUGUCUUUGGAUUUCUGAACUAAACGCACCAACAAAACGGAGGUAUUUGGACAUAAAGAUGAACUUUAUCAAACAAAACACACAUUUAUUGUGUAACAUGAAGUCCUGUGAGUGCCAUCUGAUGAAGAUCAUCAAAGGUUAGUGAUUAAUUUAAUUGCUAUUUGUGACUUUUAUGAGACCUCUCCUUGGCUGGAAAAUGACUAUGGUUUUCUGUGACGAGGUGCUGACCGAACAAUCGUUUGGUGUGCUUUCGCCGUAAAGCCUAUUUGAAAUCAAACACUGUGGCUGGAUUUACAAGAAGUUUAUCUUUAAAAUGGUGUAAAAUAAUUUUAAUUAUGGGAUUUGAACCAGAUAGGUUAAGCACUUUGAGACUACUACUGAUGUAAAAAGUGCUUCAUAAAAUACAUUUGAUUAACAUGUAUAUCACACCAACUGACUGUUUUUUCUGAUGUUCACACAGGAUACCAUGUUGAGACAUUCUCCACAUCCAGAGAACAACAGCAGGAAGAUCAGAGAGCUAAGAUGUCUCAUCAAUGCCCACAUUGUGAAGAGAUUUUCCCAUUUCUAUCAAAGCUAAAACUACACCUAAAAAUACACACAGGAGAGAAGCCUUACUCCUGCUCUGACUGUGGAAAAUGCUUCACAACAUCAAAUGAUCUAAAAGUUCAUCAAAGAACACACACAGGAGAGAAGCCUUUCUUCUGCCCUGACUGUGGAACUAGUUUCUCUCAACUUUCCCACUUAAAGACACAUGAACGUAUACAUACAGGAGAGAAGCUUUUCUUCUGCCCUGACUGUGGAAAAUGUUUUAAAAUGUCAAAUCAGCUAAAAGUUCAUCAAAGAACACACACGGGUGAGAAGCCAUACUCCUGCUCUGACUGUGGAAAAUGCUUCAAAACAUCAGCGGUGCUAAAAGUUCAUCAGAGAACACACACAGGAGAGAAGCCUUUCUUCUGCCCUGAAUGUGGAACUCGUUUCUCUCAGCUUUCCCACUUAAAAUCCCAUGAACGUAUACAUACAGGAGAGAAGCCUUUCUUCUGCCCUGACUGUGGAACUCGUUUCUCUCAACUUUCCCACUUAAAGACACAUGAACGUAUACACACAGGGGAGAAUCCCUACUCCUGCUCUGACUGUGGAAAAUGUUUUAAAAUGUCAAAUCAGCUAAAGGUUCAUCAAAGAACACACACGGGUGAGAAGCCAUACUCCUGCUCUGACUGUGGAAAAUGCUUCACAACAUCAAAUGAUCUAAAAGUUCAUCAGAGAACACACACAGGAGAGAAGCCUUUUUUCUGCUCUGACUGUGGAAGAGUUUCUCUCAACUUUCCCACUUAAAGACA